AUGAUCCGUCCGGCAGUGUCUACCAAUGCCUCUCACGCAGACAUCAAUGCUCUUCUCAAACGAUCUGUCUUUAUUGUGGUGACCAAGAAGUUUGUCUACUUCAGGCCUGAUGGUGUGAACGAAGAUCCUGUGGAGCGCAUUGCGGUCGACCACCCCGAUUUCCUCACUGCUGAUGGCAAGGAGUUCUAUGGCAUGUUCAAAUCCAACAACAAGACCAUCCCUCCAAAUUUUGACACUGAAGUCAGAAAGGAGCAGGCGUGGAUCUCUGCCAUCAUGGCGAAAUGCUUCGAGUCCCGGCGCCCAGACAGCAAGAACCGUGAGAAGAUGCGAGAAGCUCUGUGGGGCUCCAGUUCAAGACCUUCUACAUGUCUAGAGAAAGCCCAUGCUAAGGCCAGCGCAGAAGAUGGAUUGGAAGAGCGAAAGCACAGCAUCCCGUAUGUCAAAAUGGAAUCACAGGAGUACACAGAUGGGAAUGCGUUAUUGGCUCGUGAAACACGCCGGGAUCCCAUCGACGUGGACACAGACCGGGCCAGCUUUGGAUGGACCAAUUGGGAUGUCGACAAAGACAAGAAGGACCGUGUGGAAGUGAAGCGGGAGCGCGCGGUCUUUCAGUCCCUUCGUCCUGGAACAGGUGUGAUCGAUCUCAGCAGUCCUUCGCCAGUCCGCAAGAAGAGCAAGGCUUCACUGGGAGCAUCUGUUCCGAAUCCUGACGCAGCUGAGCUCGGUCUUCCACAUGACGCAGAAGAGUGCCCAGAUCCAACCUUGGAGGAGGAACUGGAGAAGGUGAUGGAUGCUGAGUUGGAUAUCCUUGGUGAGGAGCUUGCUGGCUUCCAUGACUGCAGCCUACGCUGA